UCCGUUCUUCAUCACUGCUUUUAAUGCAAAAUAAAUAUAUUGAAAGUUUCACUCUUUUUCGGCUGGAGCCGAAAUUUAAAUUUAAACAUCAAUAGGUUUAGAGUUUUUUUUCAUAUGUUUUUUAAUAAAUUAGGAACAGUGCCUUGGUGGGGCUAUUGUUUUUCCCCAACUGUAUGUAUUGUAUUAUGUCAAGUCAUAGAGAGCCGCUAGCAUUCCGUGCUGAUAGUUUAGGCUGGUGCAGUUGCCCACACAACCGCGAACGGAGCGCACAUAUGGGCUCCGGUUACAAUUAUAUUCCGGAAGUUGGUUGAUAACGCACAAUCGUAAAUAAAUACACAGGCUGAAUUAAAAUUCUAAUAAACAUAAUAAAUUAUCACAAAACAUGGUUUAAGUCUGUAUUGUCACUAAACAUGUCGAACAUUAAAUACCAACCUAUUCCAACGGAGGACGAACUGCCCAGGGAAGAGAAGCCUCCAAAAUGGAUUGUAAAAAUAUGCUUUUUAAUCGUCGUGCUCCUGAUAAUUGCGUUUUAUGACCUGAAUGCCCAGGAGAAGCAGCUAGGCAGAACUACUGAGGCUUAUGCAGGUACUUCGGAGAUCUCUGUGGACACCAGUACAACCAAUAUUCCUUGGGAUACUUCGAGUCUAUUGGAUGUUCCAUAUGACACCAGUGCUCCUAGUACAAAGGAAGUGACGGAGAUUGCUUUGAGUGCUGUAACAGAGGGUAAAACUAAGAUCUCAGACUUUACCCAUUUUCAAACGGAGGAGAUUACAGAAAUCACAGUGGAGGUCAGCACUUGGAGUAAUCUAUCGGAUGUUAAAGAACCAGAAUCUCAAUAUGCAUUAGAAACUGAAUCGGGCGUCAAAUACUUUGUAAAUAGCCCUGAGUGUCAAAUGAGUCAUCCGAAUCCUUUUGCUAGCAACAUCCUGAAGAUCUACAGGAAGCAUCACUAUAUAGUGUGUGAUCAAAGUAGCGACUUGAUCAAAGUGAUCUUCAACAAAUCGGACAGCACCUACAGGCUUCACAUGCAAGAUGACUGCAAAUGCUGCUACAAGCAGAUCCUUCGAGCAGGAGUUGCAACCAUGGCUGACCAUCGGUACAGGCUGCGUCCGUGCGUGAAUCUUCAGCAGGACUCCUUAGUACCGACUGAUGUUACUGCCAUGAUAACCUAUUGCCGUCGGCCCCCUUACGACAAGGUGUCGCAAAUGGAUGCCUGCAGUUUUGUGCAUCCUCGGAGAGAUACCCUUAAUGACUCAAGUCCGCACAAAAUGCCAAGCGUUUUGCUUUGGGGCAUCGAUUCCAUAUCCCGCAUGACCCUCGAAAGGGCCAUGCCCCAGAUGUACAAGUACCUGAACACACAGCACUGGUUCGAGCUUCAGGGGUAUAAUAAGAUGGGCGACAACACAUUUCCAAACCUGAUGGCUGUGCUGACAGGAUUCAACAAAACCUUCGCCUACGCACAGUGCCGACCUGACAAGGUGGGUGGUCUGGACGCCUGUCCACUAAUUUGGAAGGACUUCAAGGCCAAGGGCUACACAACGGCCUUCGCCGAGGACUGGAGCGAGUACUCCACUUUCGACUAUUCGAGCAGGGGCUUCUUCAAGCCGCCGACGGACGUCUACGGCAGACCAUUGAUCCUGGCCGUCGAGAAGGAGCUGAAGCAAACUAGGCAGAGUAAUCUGCCUUACUGCCUGGGACGCAAGCCGGCUGCGGAGUAUAUCUACGACCUGGGCGUCCAGUUCGCCAGCGUCAACCGGAACAGCACUUUCUUUGGCAUGUUCUGGACCAACACCUUCAGCCACAACGACUUUUCCAUGCCCUCCGCCAUGGACUCCAAGAUGGUGAACUACAUGCGGACAUUGGACAAAAGUGGAGUGAUGGACAACACCCUCAUAAUCUUCUUCAGCGAUCAUGGUUCCAGAUUUGGACCACUACGCAAGUUGGACAGCGGCUUCGUGGAAGAACGUCUGCCCUUCAUCUACAUCCGUGUGCCCCACUGGAUCCGCGAGAAGUAUCCAAAACUGUUGCACAACCUGCAGGUGAACAGAAAUCGCCUCACAUCGCCGUACGACAUCCAUGCCACCCUGAGGCACCUCUUGGAGCUGGACACUCCGCCGGAUCAGCUGCCACGUCCCGAGGGCUGCCCCACCUGCCACAGCGUGCUCGUGGAGGCGGACUGGUCCCGCAAUUGCUCCCAGGCCGGGAUCGAGGAGCACUGGUGCGCCUGCGACCGCUUUGCCAAGCUGUCCCCAACGGACCCCAGGGCCCGGAUCAUGUCCACUCAGCUGGUGGAGGCCGUCAAUGGGUUUGUGGCCGGCAAAAAGGGAGCGCACCGGUGCCGGCGGCUCAGUCUGAGCAGUAUAUCCUCGGUGCAGCAAAGGGGCAGCACAAAUCAGUAUCUGAUCCAACUAAAGGCCCAGCCUAGAAACGCCAUCUUGGAGGCCACGGUUCAGUGGGAUGAGAGCGCCCAGCGGAUCUCCAUCCGGGUGCCCAGCAUCAGUCGCUUGGACAGCUACUUCGGCAUGUCGGGCUGCACAUCGGUUAAGGAGACCAAAAAGUUUUGCAUCUGCUGAGUUGUGAAUCCUGAGUUCUGAAUCCUGGACAACCGCAAGACCGCACAAAAAAGGACUCGCUACGAUAAUCUAUCGGAUCUCGGAACCUUUGUUCCGGGAAGGUACGGAGCCUCUAUCACCAGGGUUGAUCUCCGGGCGGUUGGUUAGUGGCUGACAACUACUUGGGCAACAUAAUUGCGGCCUGGCGAUUGUGCGAAUGGAAAAUUAGUUGACAAUUACAUGACAAUUGGCAGAUACUCGGGUAAUUGCAUUGUGAUUAGAAAAAGAUACCAGCACAAAUUAACUUAAUUCUUUCCAAAUAUUUUUGUUAAGUAGUGUAAGCUGGAGCUUAAGUAAUAUUUAAUAUAUCCUUCAUACUCAUUUCCAACUGGCCAGUUUACUAAAUAGGGGAAUCAGCCUUAUUUAAAAAGGGUAACUUGUGCCCGUAGACACUUUGCUUUUCUAUAAUUAAUCCAUUCAAUUAAGAGAUUAAGAAGCCAAAGUGAUAUAAUGUUUAUAAGGAUAAGAUAAGAGCCAACAUAUCUAAAUAAAAUGGAAUGGAAUGGAGAUAAACUUACUUUCAGAAACAUACAUAACACAUUUGAGGUGCUUAGUUAAUUAUAAUUUUUUACUUUUUAGGAUUUAUUUGAAUUUAUUUACACCCCAUCUAAAAUAAAUAUCUUAAUUGUAAUUCAGUUCGCCGGAAGAGCUGAUUACUCGCCAAUUGUUUUUCACUCUUAGAUAAAAGCACAUUCUGUAAAUGUGUUGACCCCAUUUAGUCAAUUGUUAUUAAUGUAGUGAAUUUAAUAUAUGCCUUUAUAAGCCUUAUCUUUACAAAAAAAAAGUUCAUUAUCGUUAUUUAAUUUACCAAGUACCGGGAACACUUGUUAACACUUUAUCAGGG